UCAUUUUAUGUAGCCUUUCUGGGACCAUUAAGUAAAAUCCCAGGUCGAAAAAGGGAUGCAUUUGCUCUUUGGUUGUCGUUGCCAACGAUUCUAACGGGGAAAAUAUGGCUAAAGCAUGCUUUGUUUCAUGCCAAAUUCGGACCAAUUAUCCGAGUUGGUGGGAGCCCCAACUUUAUUUUCGUUGGUGAUCGUGAUGCUGUAAAAAAGAUUAUAAUUACAGAGGAUUUUCCAAAAUCUCAAGUCUAUAAGUAUUUUCGACGCAAAAGAGAUGAAGAAACAUUAUUUGCUGGAAUUGAUAAAGAAUCUCAUAAACCUCGUCGAAGAAUGUUAUCGCCUGCAUUCUCUGUAAAAUAUCUGGCAUCGCUUGAACCUCUUAUCAAACAUUGCUUUCGUGAUGUGAUUAUUGCUAUUGACCAUUUAAUAAACGAUUCAUCGAUGGAAGACGUUAUUGGAGAAACGGCAUUUGGUGGAAAAUUUGAUAUGGUGUUGACUAAUAAACACCCGAUUCCUGAUGAAGUUCGGUUUUAUCUAAGACGUAUGGUGAUGGGUUCUUUUGUACCACCUGUACAAUGGUUUAUACGAGAGAGAAAGUAUCUGGAAGAGUUUGUAAUUAAACUCGCGAAGACAAGACGUCAACAAAAUACAAACGAAGUAAAAAAAGAUAUCCUUCAAAUACUGCUCGAUGCCGUGGAUGAUGAUAAUACUGGUUUAACUGAUAAUGAAAUUUUGGGGCAGCUUGUAGAGUUUUUGAUUGCUGGAAGUGAUACCACAGGUUUCAGCACCUCGCUUGCAAUGAUCCUUUUAUCACAACACCAAAAAGUCCUCGAAAAAUUAUUUCAAGAAAUUCGUGCUGCGAUUCCUGAAAUAGGCCCAGAUAAUUUGCCAAAUUAUGCGUUGUUAAAAGAGUUACCUUAUUUAAGCGCGGUCAUAAAUGAGACAAUGAGAUUAUGGCCUGUUUCAUUGGAUGGACUAACUGUCAGAGAAUUAACUAAGGACAUGAUCAUUGGACAAUAUCGUGUACCAGCAGGAACAGAAGUUAUCCCUAACGCUUAUUAUCUACACACCGAUAAAGACCUUUGGGGCUCAGACGCACUAGAAUUUGUGCCUGAACGAUGGCUCGUCCCAGAGAGAAUUCCAAAGGAUGCUUUCUAUCCAUUUUCAGCUGGAUCAAGAAGUUGUAUUGGACAAAAGUUUGCAUUGCUUGAAAUGCACCUAAUAAUUGCUUCACUUGUUCGUCGUUAUAAAUUUACUGAUAUCCCGGGACAACCAUUUGAUAUCAGUUACUUUCUUACACCGGCGUUCACUAAUCGCCAGUAUAAUAUCUUGAUGAAUUUGAGAAAUCAGGAUUGUGAAUAA